GCAAUGGAGCAGUACACAACAAAUAGCAACAGCUCCACAGAGCAGAUUGUUGUGCAGGCUGGGCAGAUUCAGCAACAGCAGCAGGGUGGUGUCACUGCUGUCCAGCUGCAGACUGAGGCCCAGGUGGCAUCCGCCUCAGGCCAGCAAGUCCAGACCCUCCAGGUAGUGCAGGGUCAGCCGCUCAUGGUACAAGUCAGCGGGGGUCAGCUGAUCACCUCCACCGGGCAGCCCAUCAUGGUGCAGGCCGUGCCGGGCGGGCAGGGCCAGACCAUCAUGCAAGUCCCCGUUUCUGGAACACAGGGCCUGCAGCAGAUUCAGUUGGUCCAGCCAGGUCAGAUUCAGAUUCAAGGUGGGCAGGCUGUGCAGGUACAGGGGCAGCAGGGCCAGACCCAGCAGAUCAUUAUACAGCAGCCACAGACUGCAGUUACUGCUGGCCAGACACAGACCCAGCAACAAAUAGCAGUUCAAGGGCAACAGGUAGCGCAAACAGCUGAAGGCCAGACCAUUGUCUAUCAGCCUGUUAAUGCUGAUGGAACCAUUCUUCAACAAGUUACAGUCCCUGUUACAGGCAUGAUCACCAUCCCAGCAGCCAGUUUGGCUGGAGCUCAAAUUGUCCAGACGGGAGCCAACACCAAUACAACCAGCAGUGGACAAGGGACUGUGACAGUGACGCUACCAGUUGCUGGAAAUGUUGUCAAUUCAGGGGGAAUGGUUAUGAUGGUACCUGGAGCUGGAUCAGUACCAGCUAUCCAGAGAAUACCUUUGCCUGGAGCAGAAAUGCUGGAAGAAGAGCCACUCUAUGUAAAUGCUAAGCAGUAUCACCGGAUCCUAAAGAGGAGGCAGGCACGAGCUAAGCUUGAAGCUGAGGGAAAAAUUCCCAAAGAAAGAAGGAAAUACUUGCAUGAGUCUCGGCACCGUCAUGCCAUGGCCAGGAAGCGGGGAGAAGGUGGACGUUUCUUCUCACCAAAGGAAAAAGAUAGCACACACAUGCAGGAUCCAUCUCAGGCCAGUGAAGAAGCAAUGACACAGAUGAUAAGAGUUUCUUAACUGCUGCUUAAAGAAGAAAAUAACUGAAUAAAAUUCCUGUCCCUCCUACAAGUCUGUCCUACCUUACCAGUGUAUCAAGCAAGUCUUUUCAAUGGGACAAUCACCACAUCACAGCCUAUCCUUUUCUACAGAACAAACACCACUUUUUUCAGUAUGUGGCUGAGAUUUUAACUGCAGUGGACUCAACAAAUAGAAACUUAAUGACUUCACUGGUAUACUCUUCUGAUCCAGCGCAGGGAUUUCAAAGUCCGACUGCUCAUGCCUACGUGGUUA